AGGCAAUUGUUCUGUCUUAUAGGCAUCGGCUUGCAAGUGACGUGGUUUAAAAGCAGAAACCACACGUGUUCAGGGUACCGGAGUAACCAUCACACAUCACACUUCACACUUCACACUUCACUAUCCCUAGAUAUUGGCUGGCCAUUGCACAAUUUAGAAUUUUCUUGGCAUCCUCAGGAAGGGUGUUUCUUACCACUUUAAGUUUUGAUCAGCAAAGCCCAUAUUAUUGAGUCCGCUCAAAUAAGACGGACUCAAAUUUAUUCUCGUCUCUCUUUUCGGCCUAUACCUACCCCUUCGGUUCUGUGCAGCGCACUUACUUUUCGCAUACAUACCUAGAUAAUCAUGCAGCCUCGGCAAGCGUCUACUACGCAAUACGAACAUCACCAAGCCGGGCCACAAAUAUGCCAAGAUAGCCUGAUGGAUGAUAUGCGCGACGCUAAGAAUUCUGUCGCGUUGUUCGCCGACUACAUCAACCGGCUACGGCCUGAGAUUCCCCGGCCGCACAGCACCGUUGAUCUCCACGGCCUUUCGCAGUCCACGGUUAGCCGCCAGGGAUCCACCGGCUCUGAAGAUGGAUCGCGCAGAAGUUCAUCGAAACGACAUUAUAGAAGCGUGAGGAAGGAAUGGGCCGAGUCACCCCAGGGGACGCUUUGGAAUCACAUCAGUAACACACUCCGGGAAGUCGCGGCCGAGUUACCGGACGUGAACCCAACGGCGAUCCAGGAGUUCAUCAGCGCGCGAGAGAUCUUGGAGCUGGGAGCUGACUUUGUACGCCACUACCGCGAAAGUAGCCAUGCUAUGGAGAAGCCAUACUGGGUGGCUGAGGACUUAUUCUUCGAUCUCCAGUCUGUGAAGCAGGGCGACGUGGGGGCCAGCCGGUGGACACGUGCGCGGCCAGAGAAGAGAGUAGGGUGGGAUCUAGCGGACCAUCUCACGCGUUUCGUGCUAUUGGCAGACAGCUUCCGUAGUCGGGCGGACCGUCAGGACUGGAAUACAUGGAGCAAUGGUUUCGUGAGAAAAGUUUCCUUUUACCUGUGCAUCUUGCGAUGCUUCACAGUCAGAGAUGCCGAGCAGAGACAGGCUGCGCGAGAGGCUGCGCGAGAGGCUGCGCGAGACCGAGAUUCGAAAUUCUUAACGAAAAAAGGUUCCCACAACAGCGGCAGUAGCAAACUAUCUCGCCGGAGCAAAUGACUGCCGGUGGAUGCCCUAGGGAAGAGACCGAUAAUUCGGGAUUAUGUGC